AUGGGAAAUGCCACCGGGACAACUCUGGAGGAAUUGAAAGCUUGCGAGAGUCAUGAGUGGUACAGAAAAUUCAUGACCGAGUGCCCAUCUGGACUUCUCACCUUCUACGAAUUUAAGAAGUUCUUUGGCCUGAAAAAUCUGUCGGAGCCAUCAGAUGCCUACGUCAAGACAAUGUUUUCAACAUUUGACAUGAAUGAUGAUGGCUUUAUUGACUUCAUGGAGUACGUAGCAGCCCUGAGCCUCGUGCUGAAGGGAGAGGUGCAACAGAAGCUUCGCUGGUACUUUAAACUCUAUGACGUUGAUGGAAGUGGAUGCAUCGACCGAGAGGAGCUGCUUCUGAUCGUUAAGUCCAUUCGUGCAAUCAAUGGUCUUCAUCAUGAAAUGUCAGCAGAGGAUUUCACCAACAUGGUGUUUGACAAGAUUGACAUCAACGGGGACGGUGAACUGUCCUAUGAGGAGUUCAUGGAGGGGAUUCAGAAUGACAAAAUGCUGCUGAAGACCCUGACGGAGAGUUUGGACCUCUCACACAUUGUCCAAAAUAUUCAAGGAGAUAUGCAGGGCAAGGCCUAG